AUGUUCCCGGUGGCCGCAUCUUUCUCGGAUGCUUCUCCGCUGAACAGCGGCCGGGAUCGCUUGUACGAGAAUCGAGAACUACUUCCUCUCCCGUUUCUGCGGCAAAACCUCUCGGUUUCGGCAGGUGAUGAAGGAGGGGCGCUGAUCAUCGACCGCUUGCAGACGUACACGGGCCGCAAGCUCGUCUUCUGUAACGAAAAAUGGUUCUACUGGAACGGGUCGAUUUGGAUGGUGGACGUGGCUGGGCGAGUUGCGAGCCAGAUCUGCCGCGGAGAGCUCAACAAGAUAAGCAAGGCGUACAAGAAGGAGAAAGCGUCCGAUGCCGAAGGCGAGGGUUCGCAAGUGGAGGAGGAGAAAAAGCCCAGGAAGGAGAAGCUCGUGAACUUCAACUUCAACGCCAAGAUGAGCCAGAUCAUGACGACUCUCAAAGGGUAUUGCCUGGAGCCUGCGUUCGAGGAGGCGCUCAAUACCAACAGAGAUGCGCUUCCUCUUCAGAACGGCGUCAUCCUGCUGGAGAGCGGGAUCCUGGUGGCACACCAUCCGAAGUAUCUGUGGUCUUUCAAGCUUUCCGUGCGGUGGCCAUCGACGGGACUUGCCACGCCGCUGGGCAGGACGGGCGAGUUCCUCCGUCAGAUCACGCACACUCCGGAGGCGCUUGCGUAUCUUCAGCGCAUUCUUGGAUACGGUAUCACUGGGCACAUUUCCAAUCAGGUCAUGCUGACGAUGAUUGGAGAGGGCGGAGCGGGAAAAAGCCUUCUCUUGGCUCUGCUGAGGCGUCUGAUCGGUCCGUUCUACAAGGACGUCUCGAAGGACAUGCUCGUGACGUCCAAGGGACAACGGCCGCUGGGCAAAGGUGCUGCAAAUCCAGCAGAAGCAGGUUUACGACACAUUCGGAUAGCGGCGUGCACGGAGUCGGAAGAGACGGAUGAGUUAGCGGAGUCCAACGUGAAGCGAUUGACCGGAGAGGCGACUAUCACGAGUAGAGGACUCUACACGGAUUACGUCACGUUUGCUACGACUCAGCUGGCCGAGCCCGAGAAGCUUCUGGUGUUCCUGGUGCAAGGCGCCAAGGACUGGUACGCGAGUGGGAAGAGACUCCUCGACAUGCCGGAGAGCAGCAAGACGUACAUGCAGUCAUGGGAGCAAGAUAAUGAUCCAUUCGCAGCUUUCCUUCAGGAGGAAGGCAGGUUGAACGUCAAGGCUUUUGAGUCCACGCGUAGUCUCAUGGACGCGUAUAACAACCCAGAUAGGAUGGUCGACGGCGCGAGAUUUGGCGACACUGGCGCACCUCAGAUCCUCAAUGACCGUAAGUUUGCGGACGCUUGCAAGAAGAAGGGACUGGAGGGCCCGGAUAAGCCCUCCAAGCUGAGGUUUGCUAAUCCAGGGCACAUAGUCCGGGGUUAUCGGGGAUUCCAGCUCAACACGCCAACAAAAGAGAGUAUCUUAGAGAAAUAG